UUUGGAGUCUUGAUUUGAGGGUUUUGGAGGUGCUAGGGUACCAGGAGGUGCAUGCGUAGUCGAAAAAGGGUUGAAUGAGAGUUCCCGCCAGAAUCUUCAUGGUGCUUUUGUUGACCAGAGAGGAGAUUCUGUCGAGAAAUCUUGUUCGUUGGUUGACCUUUUUGAUUACCUUGGUUGCCAUUUUAUCACAGGAAAGAUUAGCCUGUAGAAUGGAACCUAGGUAGGUGACCUCAUCUUUCCUGGUGAUAACAAUGUCACCCACUUUAAUAGUGAAGUCACUGACUUUCUUAAGGUUGAUGUGGGACCCAAACAGGAUGGAUUCCGUUUUACCCAAGUGUAUGGAUAGUUUAUUGUCAGCGAGCCAGGUGCAAGUUCUACAGAGUUUGGCACUGAGGAUUUUCUCCACCUGUGACUUGUCCUUGCCGGAUACCAGCAGGGCCGAGUCAUCCGCAAACAAAAACAAUUCACAGUCGCAUGCUGAUGACAUGUCGUUUAUGUAUAUUAGGAACAGUAAAGGCCCUAAUAUACUGCCUUGGGGGACUUCACAGCUUACUGAGAGGGGUAGGGACACGAUGCCGUCACCUCUACCACCUGUUCCCUCCCCUCCAAGUAAGAUUGCAUCCAGCUCCAUGAGGUUUCAUCAAAUCCGAUUGCUUAUCCAGCAGUAUAGCGUGGUCAACGGUGUCAAAGGCCUUCUGAAGGUCCAGCAUGACCAUGCUACAGUAUUUGCCCGCGUCCACCUCAUGUUUGAUGUGGUCGCUCAGAUAGAGAAGACAUGUGUCAGUGGAGUGGUUAGUUCUGAAACCGGAUUGGAAUUUGUACAUGAGUUUAUUAGUGGCAAGGUAACUAUCGACCUGUUCAUAAACUAUUUUUCCCAUUGCUUUCUAAAUGGAACUGAGAAUAGAAACAGGUCGGUAGUUGCCAGGCUCCAAUUUGAAAAAAUGGGAGUUACUCUUGCUAUCUUGAAAUAUUUUGGUACUUGGCCUUGUGUAAUUGAUAGGUUUAUUAUGUGUGUGAUGAUCGGGGCAAUGGUGGAGGCAGAGUUCCUGAGGAAUCUGGAGGGGAUAUUGUCAAGGACAGUGGCCUUGUUUGGGUGGAGCACGCUCAAUUUUUUGAGCACCUCAUCAGCUGAGACCAUUUCUAAAUUGAAAUCGUUGUUGAACACUCCUGGCUUUUUGUAGUAGGCUUUAAUGUGUUCUACACCAAAGCGACCAGAGUGGUGGGACAGCUUGUUGACUAGAGUUGUGGCUAUGCUGGUGAAAAAGGUAUUAAGUCUGCUUGCUACCUCCAGUUUGUCUGUGAGGAGGAAUGGGACGCGCCCACCACCGUCUACGAACUCCGCCAGACAAUUUCCAUGCGGUUCUUCGAUGAAGAGGACACCGCCUUCGAAAUGUUCUACAGAGAUGGGGAGGGAAACCUGGUGGCGAUCUCCUCGUAUG